CUGUCCUCCCACUUGCCUCGCACCCCCAAAUUCCACGCCUCCUCCUCGGCGCAGUGCUCCCCUCGGCGUUGCCCUAGCCCCCGCUGGCUCGCCGCCGCUUCCAGCGCGCGCUAUGCCAUGAGCAGAGACCUCGAGGACGGGCACGGCGCCGUCGGCAACGUUAUUGCGGCAGCAGCAGCUGCAGGAGGGGAGGCGGUGGGUGCCGGCGAGGCCGGGGACGCGCACGACAACGACGUGGUGAUGCCGGGGUUCCGGUUCCACCCCACGGAGGAGGAGCUGAUCGAGUUCUACCUCCGGCGCAAGGUUGAGGGAAAACGCUUCAACGUCGAGCUCAUUGCUUUCCUGGACCUCUACCGCUUCGACCCAUGGGAGCUUCCAGCAAUGGCGGUGAUGGGCGGGAAGGAGUGGUUCUUCUACGUGCCGAGGGACCGUAAGUACCGGAACGGAGACCGCCCAAACCGGGUGACGGCGUCGGGGUACUGGAAGGCGACGGGCGCUGACCGGAUGAUCCGAGGCGAGAACAACCGCCCCAUCGGGCUGAAGAAGACGCUCGUGUUCUACUCCGGCAAGGCGCCCAAGGGCGUCCGCAGCAGCUGGAUCAUGAACGAGUACCGCCUCCCGCCACCACCCACCGACGCCGACCCAUUGAUUCCCAAGUCCGAGAUCUCUCUCUGCCGCGUCUACAAGCGCUCAGGCAUCGACGACGGCCACGGGCAGUCAUCCUCCAGCACCCAAGCUUCCUCAGCGCGGCGGCGGAUCUCCUCCCGCACUGGUGGUGUGCCGACGACGGCCGUUCAGCACGGAUCGACGCCGUCAUCGAUGCCACUUUCACCGACGCCGCAGCAGCUCAGCAGCUUCCAUCCGCUCCAAGGAGAAUGCUCGUCUGCGUCACCGCCGGAGCCCAUAAUGGAUCAAGUUGCGGUCACCGUGCACCGUGCGUCGCCUCAGCUUCUCCCUCACCGUCACCGCCCGAGGCCCUGCCCGUACGCGCCGGUGAUGGCAACGGUAUCAGCAGCGGAAGCUGCGCCGCAAUUGGCACACGCGGCGACUGCCCACGCCUCCACGUAUUCGCUCUUCAACAUGGCCGCUGCCGCCGCCGCGCCUAUGGCCGCCAGCUCAAGGUCGACCAUUGACGAGCUGACAACGCUGGUUGCUCCCACCCAGGCCUACGCCAACCUCUCGGCCGCGACGACGGGCGGCCACCUCCUCCCAUUACUGACGCCGCCGCCACCGCCAAUGCUACAAAUGACGCCGCUUGGUGCGCUGCCGAUCGUGGCGCCGCCAUUGUCGUCUUCAGUCGCUGACAAGCUUAGCAGCUGGGACUGGAACCCGAUACCUGACACGACAGACCGGGAUUACAAUCCUUCUGGUUUUAAGUGAUCCCAAACUCACUGCUAUGUUCUGAAAACCCUGCCAUAAGUGUAGGCUAACUUAUAUACCCUUCAGUGUCGGUCCACAUGGACUACGUACAAAAUGCAUGUCAACUAGUACAUAUAUAUGAUCAAGAAUACUAAAUGAUCAGGAUUUUAUUCAG